AUGGUUGAAUAUCCUAAACAGCCGAAAAUAUCGGUUAAUGAUGGAACUCUUGUAUUGGAGGCAGCACAUGGUCGCAACAUUACUUUCCGCUUAUCUCGUGACUCUUCGUUGUGUGUUAAUAAUGUCGAUGUAAUGGAAAAAAUUAGACACCGUAACGCGCCUUCAUCGCUAGACACGGAAACCAAGGACAUUGAUAUCGCAACAGCGGAACAAUUUAAGCAAAACAUGCUUGUGCUGCAAUGGGAUCUGCAAGUUUUUGCUGAGCGUUUGUUGUCAAUGCAAAAUAAUACACGAUCAAUAUUGCAAUCGCGUGUAUUACGCAGAUAUCUGGGGCGUAUACGUCGUUUGAGCGGACGUCAGGUGGCCAUAGAGCGCGAUUUACUCAAUAAUGAAUGUACAAAAAACUCUACACCUUGUAAGAAUGGUGGCACUUGUUAUGGCGGUUACAAAGAUUUUUAUUGCGAAUGUACCGAACGAUGGACAGGUGCAACCUGUGAGCAAGAUAUAGAUGAAUGCUACACUUUAGCUGGUACUGAGCUGGGAUGCCAAAACAAUGCUAUUUGUAUUAAUACCCCAGGAAGUUACACAUGUUCCUGUGCUAAAGAAUUUACAGGCGUCCAUUGUCGUGCUCGUAACGUUGCUUGCCAAGAUGGUUAUUCUUUUGAUUUAUGCGGCCAUGGUACUUGCAUAUCGGCCAACAAUAACCAAGGCUUCACUUGCCUGUGCGACCAAGGUUGGUCUAAGGUCAAAAGCAACGAUUCGGCUUCAUCUCCCUGCACUGUCGAUGUUAAUGAAUGUGAAGAAUCUAGAAAUCCUUGUCAUGACCAAUGUAUUAAUUUACCUGGUACCUUUAAAUGCGGUGCUUGUCCCGUUGGUUAUACUGGAAAUGGGCUUACUUGCGUAGAUAUAGAUGAAUGUGCGGUCGGUAAUGGCGGAUGCAGUUUAGUACCUAAGAUUAAAUGCAUUAACACUGAGGGCUCUUAUCAUUGUCGCCCGUGUCCUAGUGGAUGGACGGGCGACGGUCAUACUUGCAAUGUGAUAUUUUCUAAUUCAUGUGAUGAUGAGAAAAUCUGUCACCCGCGUGCUAAAUGCCAAUAUAUAUCGGGUGUGAGUACCUGCACCUGUCCAAAUGAUAUGUUUGGUCAUGGUUUUGGUGCCGAAGGUUGUCACGACAAUCCAAUAAGAGAUUUUUGUGAGAAUCACUUAUGUAAAAACAAUGGAACGUGUUUAGUAACUGGUCGUGGCACUAGUUGUCUAUGCUUGGAUGGUUACUCGGGAGCGUUGUGCGAGACUGCUGACGCUUGUCAUCCGAAUCCUUGUGAAAACAAUGCCUUCUGUCGCCUUAUGCCGAAUGAUAAAUUCCAAUGUAGUUGUCCACGCGGCAGUACGGGCAAACGUUGUGAGAUCAUGCGCAGUGUUUGCGGCACUAUUGUAAGUAGAAGAACUGGGAGUUUACACUAUCCCAUGGACGAUAGUCACGGAUACUCAGAUAGUGAACGUUGCGCUUGGAUAGUGCGCACCGACGUUGGGUAUAUUUUAAAUGUUACCUUUAGUGAUUUUGAUUUGGAAAUGGCCGAAGAUUGCACUCGUGAUUGGUUGCAAAUACACGAUGGCAUCUCAUUGGCCGCCCAAUUAAUAGGAAGAUUUUGCGGUAACACGUUACCCUUAGGCGGUAAUUUUCUUUCAUCCCACGAACAAUUAUUUUUCUGGUUUCGUUCUGACAAUGCCACCAAUGCCAGAGGUUUUACCAUGUCAUGGACUUCGGCAGAGUACGUGUGCGGAGAGACUCUAAACUUAAAUUUAAAUGACGCAGGCAUUGUUAAUUCGCCUGGUUAUCCGGGAAAAACACCUACGAAACGUGAAUGUGAAUGGUCACUAAAUGCUCCCUACGGCAGUCGUUUUGUUUUAAGAAUAUAUGAAAUUAAGUUGGGUUCAAUGCCUAAUUGCACGGGGGACGUCCUUAAGAUAUAUGACGGCGGUGUUCUAACAAAAUCAUUCUGUGAAACGGCUAAGCCUGAACCGUUUCGUACCUCGUCCAAUAAAGUGCUAAUACACUAUCAUACCGAUACAUUUCAAACGGACAGUUCCUUUCAAUUACACUACGAAGUGGAAGCAGGCGUUCCACACUGUGGUGGUAUAUUUACAGAAUCGAGUGGUGUCAUAAUAAGUGCUACGGAUCAGCCAGUAUGUUUGUAUCUAAUACAACAGCCAUCUGGUAUUCAAAUUAAACUGGAAUUUCUUCAAUUUCAUUUCGGUCAAGCUGUUAGUUGCAACUUACACGUUAUUGAAGUGUUUAAUGGGAAAACGAGUCAAGAUCCUUUACUGCUAAGACUAUGCAGUAAUGAUAAACCGCCACCGAUAAUAGCAGAAUCAAAUUAUAUGCUAAUACAACACAAACAUCUGUUGCACAAUUCUGAAAGCGAACUUAUUUUUAAGUUGAAAUACAGCAGAGUUUGUAAUGUGAAAUACUUCGGCCCCGACAGCGGUAGAAUUUCCACGCCCAACUAUCCUAAACCAUAUUUUGACGAUAUUACUUGUACUUAUGAGAUAUACGGCCCGGCUAACACCAUAGUUGUGGCCAAUUUUACAGACGUCGACAUUGCCGAAUCGCCCGAAAGUACCGCACAGAAUGAAGAAGAUAUUGAGGGUACUACAAACCGAAAUCUUAGCUCUCCCCUGACAGAUGAUAUUCCCAAUCGGAUGGAUGUCUAUCUUUCCAAAACUGUUAAAAGGCGUUAUUUUAAGGGAUCUCCUAUGCGCCUUGUAUCUGCUAUCAAUCAAAUGACUAUCGUUUUUUACGCCGGAAACAAUACACGUCGUGCUCGAGGCUUUCAUGUUGAAUAUAGUUUUGAUACUCUGCCAUGCGGAGGAGUAUAUACCGAUAACGAAACCAGAUUUGAUUCAACAGUAACGGAACGAACCCUACCCACAAAUGAGGACAGCGAAGGGUUUGUAAAAAUAAAAUCUGUUUGUGAAUGGAUUGUAGAAGCACCCGUUGGCAGACAUAUUGAAUUAUACUUGCAUUAUGUACCGAUGGGGAAAAGUAUACCACUCCUGAUAUUUGGAGAGUCCGCAACCGGUCAACAUUUGCUUUUUAACAUAACCGAAGAAGGAAGACAUCGUGAAGUGUUUUUCUAUGAUAGUUUGACAAUACAAGGUUUAGUUAGUGCCACCUAUCGCAUAUCCGCGGAAGUGACGUUUUUGAACAGUUUGGCAGAGUGUGGAGGACAUUCUAUUGCUAGCUAUGGCAUCAUUAAAUCUCCGUCAUGGCCCUUUUCUUAUCCACCAAACGUGGAAUGCCUUUGGCAAAUAGAAGCUCCCGUUGGCUAUCAAAUUGAACUGCAAGUACAAAAUUUUACAUUGGAAGACACCUGCAGAGCAGAUGUUUUAGAAAUAAGAAACGGUAGAUAUCCUUACUCGCCGCUGAUCGGCCGAUUUUGUGGAUCAGAGAUACCUUCAAGGAUUACGUCGUUUACCAAUGGCUUAUUCGUAAAAUUCGUUACUGACAGUUAUAUUGAAAAUCAAGGAUUCCACAUCACUUGGUCCCAAACAGUAACUGGCUGCGGUGGUAAAUUAACCUCAUAUAUGGGAUCUAUAAAUUUACCGCAUUAUUAUUCUGGCGACUAUCAAGGACAGUGCAAUUGGCAUAUAAUUGUAUCGCAGGGCUCCAUAAUAGAGCUAACUCUGCAUAAAAUGAAUUUUGUGGAAUUAUGCACGAAUAAUAUUUUCAAGAUUUAUGAUGGUCCUUCAACGUUAAGUUCUCAAUUGAAAUUUAAUUGCUCGGACCUCAAUAACGCACCAGCAAAUCAAAAAUUGAUUUCUUCUAUGAAUGAAGUUUUAAUAAUUUAUUCGUACACCAGCCCAUUAUCACUGGUUUUUGACAAUAAUUUGUCCUUGACGGACUAUGGCGAUACACGGUAUAUUAUAGAUUAUAUAACGAUAUGUCAAGCGCUUAUUGACCGUGUACAGGGUGUUAUAGAAUCUCCUAAUUUCCCGGAUUCUUAUCCUGAAAACCAAAAUUGUUUAUGGGAUAUUAAAGGGGGACAGAAAAAUAAGAUAAUGCUCUCAUUUUCUCAUUUGAAUUUGGAAAACGAUAUGAGUCUUGCCUGUGAUUAUGACUACGUAGAAAUAAUUGAUAUGGAAAACGAAGAAGUUCUUAAGCAGAAACGCAUCUGUACACCUCAAUAUGAAGCAAUAAAGACAGAGGGCAAUCGGGUCAGAUUAAAGUUUGUCAGCGAUUAUUCUCAAAAUAAUGGUGGCUUUCGCGUUGAAUAUACACGUAUUGGUUGUGGUCAAGCAUUAUAUAAAAAUUUCGGUACUAUUAGUUCACCAAACUCACCCUACAGUUUUGAUGUGGACUGUGAAUGGUAUAUAGAGACUCAGCCCGGUAAAAAAAUAUAUCUAAGCGUUGAAGAAUUGUAUCUUGAAAGCGACAGUCAUGACUGCAAAGAGGAUGCGUUUAUCGUGGCAGAAAGCAAAAAUUAUGUACUCCCAUUACUAAAAGAAUGUCAGGCAGAGAAGACUACUUUGACAGUAACAUCCCCCGGCAACUACUUAUACAUAAACUUCCGGACAAGUGCCAAACGAACGCGUAAAUACUUUAAGGCUUAUUAUCAUUCCGAGUAUGCAGAUUGCGGUGGUAUUUAUCGAGCUAAUUCCGGUUAUAUUACAUCUCCAAACUAUCCAGCAAAUUAUACACGUCCGCUGCAGUGUUUUUGGUACAUUGCGAUUCCUGCAGCUUACGGCGUUGAAUUGAGAUUCGAAGAUUUUGAUUUCCCUGAAACGCAAUCUUGCAGCGACGCCGCUUUGAUGAUCUCAAAAAUGAAUAACACUCUAGACCUUAGGCACGAAAUUCUUUGCGGCAGACAAAUGAACAUUGUCAAGCGUAUACAUGGUCAUGAAGUACGGUUGAAUCUUAAGAUCAAUAACACGAAUGGUUAUGGGAAAUUUUUUCUGCGUUAUCGCAAAGAAUGUGGCGGAAAUGUAACCGCUAGUUCAGGUUAUUUGCUCAGUAAAGCAAAUGAAGAAUGCGUAUGGCAAAUAACUUUGCCGGAAGGUAGUCAAUUAAAUUUAAAUAUAUUACAGCUGGAUUGCUAUUGUAAGAAAUCAAAUCCUAGUGAACGUAAUUGUGAUAAUGGAUUAGGGUUUACAGAAAGCUAUUUUGAAGAAAUCGAUGCUGGUAACUUCUCUUUCCAAUAUUGUGAACACCAUCUAUCGAAUCUAAUCUUUAACGGGCCAAAGGUAUAUAUAGUUACGCGUAAUAUUAACUUUCAUGCCGGAUAUGAUACUACACAAAAUUCUUGCGGCGGAUCUUUGAAGUCGUUGCGUGGCUCUUUAGCGUCACCGGGUUAUCCGAAUCCAUAUGCCGGCGAUGUUGAUUGCGUUUGGGAUAUACAAGCGGUCAAUGGUAAUAGCAUCGAAUUAAAUUUUGUAGAUGUGGAUCUGGCGCCAUCCAAAUUUUGUAACCAGGAUUUUAUAGAAGUCCGUCGAUCAGAAACUGAUUACGUAAUAGGUUUAUAUUGUGGAAAGCAAUAUCCUGAGAAUACCAUACAAGUUUAUGACAAAGUAUUAAUAAGAUUUCAUAGCGAAGCAGGCAGCACAGGUAAAGGUUUCAAGAUGGAGUGGAGUUAUGGUCACAAAAAUGAGUUUAGAAAUCAGACAAAAGGUUUAAUACAAGCACCACCUGUGAAAGCUGCUGGAAAUGAAGAAGAACCAUUCAGUUGGCGUGUGCUAGUUUCCAGAGAAUCUUAUAUAAGCUUAGAGUUUCUGCAAUACACUGACGGUUUAAAAUUGUUUGACGGCUAUGACAACGCGGCGCUUGAAGUAGAAAUAUCUUCCGUCAUGCCUUGGCGUUUCGUAUCCAGUACUGAUGUGUUAUUUCUGGAAACCGUUAAUCUGAAUUUAGAAUAUUUUCUUUUAAACUGGACCAACACUAAUCGUAAGCCAAUUAGCCAGAACGUCACCAAUAGCAAGUGCUAUGCCGAUCAAUUUCUGAUUAGUCCAGCAAGGGUAAACGUUUCUUCACCCGGUUAUCCGCGUGGAUACGAAAAUAAUUUAAACUGUCGGUGGGUUUAUAAACCUGAACUUCCCACCGAGCAUGUGGUAGUGGCACUGUAUCGAGUUAAGUUAGAGAUAAGUGACAGUUGCAACGUCGAUUAUUUGAAGGUAUCUACCUCUACUGACUUGGAGCGUUGGCACACAGAGGUACGCAUUUGCAAUAGUACUAGCGAAACGUGGCAACCUUUCAAAGUCAUUCAUGGCACUCCCCAUCUGAAAAUCGACUUUGUAACGGAUCCGUCAGUGAAUUCAACCGGUUUUACUUCUCUGGUGUACACACAGUGCGGCUCCAACCUAACUGACAGUGUAGGUGUCAUACCUUUUCGUACAUAUUGGUAUAUGACAAUGAGUCGUACAUGUCAGUGGCGCAUCUCGGUGAAACCAGGUAAACGCGUUAAUAUUCAAUUGGAUUUCCCCAAGAACGCUUCACGGUAUGAUCGUGAUUGUCGUUCAUAUGCUUUAAUCUAUGAUGGCAUUGAUGACCAUGCUCCGCUGUUAAAGCCAGGGAAAAUAUGCAGUCAACAGAAUAGCCAAAAGCUACUCUUGGAAUCGUCUACACGUCAUGUUAUUGUUAAGUACACCGUAAAUCGUACAAUCGGAGAGUCCUUGCUACUGUGGAACUUAACCUAUCGCGAAUAUUCGGAAUGUAAUACUGAAAUAAAACUAACAUAUGAAGUACCCAGCGCUAAUAUAACGACUCCGCGUUACCCAAACGUUCCCAACCCUCAUACCGAUUGUAAUUGGAUUGUUAUGGCACCGCCUGGUGAAACGUUGAAGAUUGAAUUUCUCGAUCACUUCAGUAUGAACGUUCAUUACUGCAAUAAGGAAUAUGUAGAAAUGUUUGAUGGCUCCACUGAACUGUCUCCCAAAAUUGGUCGCUUUUGCAAACGUCCAUCAGAAAAGCGAACAAUAGGAAAUAUUUUGUUAAUACAUUAUAUAACCGACAUAUCUGAACCACGUAAUGGUUUUCGAGCUCGCCUGAGUUUGAACAAUUGCGGCGGCACUUUUACUGAUGUACGGGGCUACAUAACUUCUUCCGGUUACCCAGCUACUGAUGCUUAUCCCGCCUACAGUCAAUGCGAUUAUUACUUACGUUCCCCGGUAGGUGAAGCAGUAAAACUGGAAAUAAAGGAUAUAAAUUUACCUUACAAUUAUACCGAUAAUAGCGCCUCUGAUUAUUUAGAAAUUACGGAUCUAAAUAACGAUACAGUUGACAAAAGCGCUAAGCCCAUUCUUUUGUAUGGCAAUGUAACAAAAUUGCCCCUCUACGUCAUUGAUUCAAGUCUUAUGCGUAUACGAUUUCAUACAUUUAAAAAAGCUACAAAUUUUAGGGGUUUCAAAAUUUUCUACAGUCGUUACACUAACCGGCAGUCGUGUAACUAUUUCAUGUAUUUUAGGGAGGCUCGAUUUUUAAUAAAUUUCAGUAGACCAUCUUCGACUGGCGUUACUUGCCGUUGGAAAUUCACUGUACCCAAGGGACAACGUAUUAAAUUGGAAUUUAUGAAUUUGCAGGACUUAAAAGGCCAACGUUUAAUCAGACCUCCGCAGUUUAGUGUUUACAAUGAUUUUGAUUCGAUAUCAGAAAUUAUUAGUUUCGAUGCCAACACUUAUAAUGCCAGUUAUAUAAUACAGUCCAGCGAUAAUAUGAUGUUGUUGAAGGUUUUCACGCCUCAAAAUCAAACCCCUUUAAAAUCAAUCACAGCUCGCUAUAGUUCCGAUAAUUUAUCAAACUGUCCGCGGGACAUCGGAGAAGGUGAUGUGGAUGGAGAGAUUUUGCUAAGUGACAGCGAACCAGAAUUCAGUACUAAUUAUUAUUGUCGCAUUAGGAUACGGCUUACUGGUCAAGAGACCUUGAUUAUUACAUUAAAAAGCUUGGAGCUAUAUAGUGAAGAAUAUUAUCUAUAUCCAUUAGGAAUACGCGAUUCUACCGGUCUCACACAGUAUUACGGCAAUCUAACUGACAUUGCAAUACCGAUGCAAUCGUCACCUAACGAAUUCGCUUCUAUAACAAUUUUAAAUAGCCGCCUCGUAAUAUUGCAUAAACUGAAUAUGAAAUAUCGACGUUACUCUUGUGGUAGCCUUAGGGAUUUAAAUAAUGGCGCCGUCAUAAACUAUCCACAGUUUGCUGCCACCGAUGGUUCCAACAUUGUCUGCGUAUGGUCUCUGAGAAGAUAUUUAAGAAUAAAUGGAGGAGCAGGUCUCGAAUAUCGUUUAACUGGGAAUUUUAGCUUUUCUAAUAACUGCGAUCAAGAAUACAUAGAAAUUUUCACUGGUGCGCUGAGGAAAAACAAUCCUGCAAUACGAAUUUGUCGUGACAAUGCUGCUGAAUUUGAAUCGUUUCCUCUGAAAAAUCGUCUUAAUCAUGUCGUGUAUAAUUCGCAAAAUUAUAGGACACAGGCCGAUGCUUUCCAUAUACGGCUUAUGAAAGAUUUAGGUUGUGGUACUAAGAGCAAAGUUAUGAGCAAUCAACAAUUGGCCGUCAGCAAAGAUUUGUAUCAAAAUAAUAAAGAAUGUUCCUGGGAGUUCUUCACAUUGCCUGGAUAUUAUCUUAGUGUUAAAUUCAAUGGUAGAUUUUUUAUUGAAGAUUUUGUUAAUUGCACUAAGGAUUACUUAGAGAUACAACGUUUAGCAGAAGGACUGUGGAUACCCGUAGUCCGUCUUUGUGGUCGAGAAGUCUACAGCCAGUAUAAUUUUACGGUUAGCCACAUACAAAUUAUAUUUCGUACCGACGAGUCAGUUACCGGAGAUGGUUUCAAUCUUGAAGUGCAAGCUAAUUGCUUGGUUGCAUUCAAUGUAACGUCGGAGUUGCAAAUUAUAAGGAAUCCUCCCUCAGAUGCAAUUGGUCCUACAGGCGGGCACUGCGAGUAUACAUUCCUUGCAGCUAAGAAAACCCAUCUCUUCAGCGUUCGCGUUGUUAUAGAGAACAAUCACCUUUCAAAUCUUGGCCGUUUUGAAGCACAAAACAAAUGUCGCUUAGGUUAUUUUGUAUCAUUUAAAAAACUUGAAAAUAAAACGGAAAAGGCCGGGGACAGACUUUGCAUAGGAAAUUUUGAAUUACGCUCCUAUGAAUAUUUGCGUCUAUCUUACGAAGCAUCGACCUUUAUUAGAUUCAGAAUCGAGUUCUCUUAUGACGAUUGCGGUGGCAAUAUAACUCGUCCUUCCGUCGUACAUUCAUUAAAACACGAAACGGACAAUAGCUAUGCGGACAACAUGAAUUGUAUUUGGUAUAUUACUGCGCCGCCUGAGCAUUCAAUAGCUGUGCGCUUUAAAUAUUUUGUAACCGAAGAGAAGUACGAUUAUGUGGCCAUUUAUGCGGGUCCCAGUAUACAAAGCGAUAAAUUGCUUACAAAAUUAACUGGCGAUCAUACCACGGAUCCACCUACAAUUGUUGUGGAUCGUAAUCAAGCUGUAUUAGCUGCUGUUUCGGAUUCCUCCAGUUCAAAGGAAGGCUUUGAAGCAAAAAUAGUUUUCCUCACUAAUUGCAAUGAACGUAUUACGCUGACUGAUGGAAACUCGCCGGUUACAUUAACCCGUGAUUUCAAAUUUAAUGCAACGACUGAAUAUCUUUGCCAAUAUCGUAUAACAGCACCCAAAGGCUAUCAAACGCACAUUGAUGUUCGACGUAUACAAUUGAACGGCUUGGAUACGGAUUGCAAUUUGUCCACGGGCAAAUGUUCUGCGCAAUGCAAUUAUAUUGAAAUUUUUGACGGUAUUGACGGCGAAAAAGCAUCAAUGGGUAAAUUUUGCUCGGCACUUAUAACGAAUCGUACACUUAUCAGCUCGUUGGAGGAUGUUUUCAUGGAGUUGAAUGCUCCUUUCUCAGGUCAAUACAGUUUCGAAGUAAUUUUGUCGAUGGAAAAAUCCAUAUGUGGUGACUUUCAAAAUUAUGAAUUUAGUGAAAACGAGAUAUUAACGUUAACAUUUCCACCUAAAGCGAUUGGCGAUGCCAAUUACCCGUCCAGCACUCAUUGCCAAUGGCGUUUUAAAACUAAAAAUUCGCUUAAGGUUCACAUCAAUUUUCUACAACUACAGAAUGCAUCGCAGAUUACUGGCAAAUGUAUCGAUUACGUGCAGUUCAAAGGAUACAUGAGCUCCAUAUUUUUGUGUGGACAUCUUAACAACUUCAAUCUGACUGUAUCCAAAUCAAGAAAUUCAAUUACCGAAAUAAUAUUUCGCAGCGAUGAGUCUGUAGAGGACCGCGGCUUUCAGCUGAGUGCCACUCAACAAGAUGCUUGCAAUAUCACCUAUAGCGGACCGAACGGUAUGAUCAUUUAUAAUAAUUUUCAGCCGAGUGAAAAAUUUUGCGAAGAUAUAAUAAGAGUACCGGAUACGCAUACCGUGAACUUAUACUUACCCCCCAUCUUCUUUAAAAGCAGUAAUUGUACGAAAAUUCAUCUUUUAGUUCUUGAUUUCUACACAAAUCGCGAACUUCUGAGGCAAUGUGCUACUGAAUAUAGCUACAAGCGCUUAAAUACAAACACAAGCGCUAUUCGUUUAUUAGUCGGAGAAUUUGCUACCGUACAUGUAUCGUACGUUGCAAGUGACCGCACUUUACCUCCUGGUUGUGGUGGUAAAUUGCAAACAAUUACUGGGUUGUUCGCGAAUCCUUCCUAUAAUGAACGUAACUAUUCGGAUUGUCGGUGGGAAAUUGAAGUUCCUGCACCAAAUACGAUCAAUAUUUUCUUUACUCAAUUCAAUAUGGGUACGAUUACGAAUUGUCAAUGGGAUUACGUGCAAAUUAUUGAUAUAUUACCGGAUGAUACAGAGGUAUUAAAGAAUACUUACUGCGGUUCGGAUCGGCCAGAUCAUCAGCGUUCGGCCAGUAAUCGCGUGGCAAUUGUAGCGAAAAAGUCACCCAAUUUUGAUGGUACAGGAUGGGUAAUUGGUUACGAGCUUAGGAGUGACAUGAAUUUAAAUGUGUUUGCGGGCGCCGAGGAAUUCGCGGACGACAAACGAUUUGGCUAAAUUGUCUUAUAGUCAUGUGAUUUUUUUAUUCAUAUAUUAUAAUA